UUUUGCGACUUCUCAAGCUCGGCAUUCGUCCGAGAUAGCUCUUCCUGCAAGUCUUGAAGGCGAGUCUGGAGGUCCUGGUGCGAGACGCGCAGGAUGGUCAGCUCAUCAUUGAGCUUUUUGUUCCGCGCGAGGAGAAGCUGCUCGAGCGUAUCCCCCUUUUCUCUCGCCUCGUUGUCUCCGUCGGCAUUAUCGCCCGAAACCGCUCGUACCGCGUCGUCGUCAUCACCUGUUGCAAACUCGAUGCUCUUGAGAACUUCUAGCUCCUG